AUGGCGGAUGAGAAGACAAUAUUCAUUGUGAAAGGAGACGAUUGGCUCCUGGGAAAUAAAGCCAACGAUCAGUUUCAGCGUGAUAACGAGCAGGCUGGUGGGGAGGAUGAUAGCGCCAGUGAGGACGUCGAGUCCGUCUACGCAGACCACGGCACACCUGCUCCUAACCACUCUGUGCGUCUUAUCUUACGGAUCACCACAAACAACGUACCCAAAAACGCACACCUUGGCUUUGUAAUUGGCGGAGACGAAGCCAUGUGCGACAUCUUGCUCAACGACAAACGGAUCAGUGCAAAGCAUCUCGCUGUGCAGCCGAACUUGACCUUCAACACCGUGCUCGUGAAGAACCAUUCCCAGCACGGCACCAAGGUCGCGUUUACCAGGCUCCAGGAGUCGAUCACGCUGAAAAAUACGCGUGUCCUCCUCGAGCACGAAAAAGCAGCCGUUUCGUUUGGCGACCACCUGGAGAUCCACAUUGAACGCUUUGCCAUCCCCACGGGCUGGGCCGAAUUCUGCGCCAACCAACGAAUACAGGCAAACCUACCAGCCCUGGACAGCUUGGCCCUGGGCCCUGCCAUCGCGACGACCAAUGCCUCCAAGCGGGCCCCGGUGUACUUCCAGGACCGCCAGCUCGGCACAGGAGCGUCGGCGCAGGUGUUUCGGGCCGUCGAAAAGUAUACGGGCAACGUGUAUGCCAUCAAGCUGUACCACAUGCCGCAGUUGGCUCGCUGGCAGGAAGCCGAGACGCUGGAACGUCUCCGACAUAAACACGUGGUGAGAUACGUGGCCUACAACCGCACGGCGGGUCGACCGACAGAGCUCGUCAUGGAAUACGUCGAAGGGCCGAAUCUCGAAGAGGUUCUCGAUCCGGGCCACCGGCACGCGCCACUUGACGUGUUCGAGGCGCGGGAUGUGAUACACCAACUUCUUCAGGCGGUGUCCCAUCUCCACAGCAAAGACGUCGUCCACAGGGACAUCAAGCCUGCCAACGUCAUCGUCGCCAGGCGCAGUCCGGUGUACAUCAAGCUGGUUGAUUUCGGCUCGGCGACCAGCACGGCGCCGUUCAAGUCCUACUGGGGCACGCCAUGGUACACGGCCCCCGAGUACCUCUCGAGGCAGAUGCCGCGGACAGAGAAAGUCGACGUCUACUCUGUUGGCGUGAUCGCCCUCCAGCUCCUGUUUGGGGUGACCUGGGAUCUGGCGACGGAAAGCGGGCCGACGUCUGGCUUGCAGUCCUGCGUGGCAGCCAUUGUGCAGCAGAAGGAGGCCUUGGCCGCCGUAGCGGAGCGUUUUCCUGUGCCGUUUGACUUUGUCAGCGCACUGCUUUCCGAACGGCCGGAAGGCCGGCUGUCGGCCGCCGAAGGCCUGCAACACAUGGUCUUUCGUCCAGGCGUCGACCUCGGCUCGUGCCCGGGACCCUCUGGCGUGGUUCCCGAGAUGCCUACAGAAGUAUUGACGACCGCGGAUGGCCAUCAAGAACCGGCAGGCGCAGGCGCAGGCGCAGAUGUCGAUGUUGGUCCCUAUGCACAGUAUGCAGAAUACGUUGCCUACGCCCAAGGCGAUGCGGGGCUGCUCGACCUGUACGGUGAUGUUGCUGUGGAGGCCGGGAUGAUCAAUCUCCGCACUCCAGAUUACCCGCAGGCAUCUGAGGCGGUGUUGCGGAGCAGGUCGACCGGCAGAACAAGCCUCCUUGGCCCGAGGAGCGGAUCCCACCAAUCAAGACGGCUAUUGUCGACUGCGUCGGCUCGACACAAGCGCCAAAAACAGGACCACACGAGCGCUCGUGGACGCGGUCGCUCGUCGUUUGUUCGGUCCGGUGCGCCGUCCCCGCUCUCCGGUCGUGACGCUCAUUCGAGCCACGCAUUGACGCCAGAUGGACAGGUCGACCAGGAAAACGGAGAGGCAGGGGGUGACGGGCUCCACAACGACUCCGACUACAGGCUUCCUGGCAUCGAUGAGGGCUCUGCCGUACGUGUUGGCGCCAUCCCGGACACUGCCUCGUGGGGUGGCAUGCCGUCGUCAUCGCAUGGCUCGUCUGGGAAGACGUCCACCGACAACGAGUCACAGUCCGAGGCAGACUUGUACGACGGUUGCUGGAUGGAUCCUUCCCACGACCUUGGGGCCGGCUCAUUUCUCGGCGGCGUUCGCCAGCCGGCGACAAGACGUCGUAGAGCGUCGCCGCCCGCUUCGCUGCCCGCGUCGGACAGAACGCCCACCUUCCACUCACUUUCGAGCCUUGGAGACAUGGGGCAUCAAGAUGCUGCCCCCCCUGGAGCGGACGGCGCGCACGGCGUCGAUAAUGGAUUACGAGCAGCGGACAGGGCCGAAGCGGCUGGAAGUAUUCGCCGUCGCGAAUCUCUCCGUGAUGAUGCCCGUUUUGAGCCAACAUCAGGUGCUGGCGCUCUUACAGAGGCGCCCGUCGUCAUCGACGGCCAUGUCAUCGCCACAGACGACGACAGCGUCAGUAUAACAGACAUCUUGGACGCGGCACGUCCUGCCUCUGCAGACCGCAACCGCUACCGCUCUCGGCUCGAGGAGCGCGGCGUCGUCGUCCAGCGGCGUGGGCAGCCGUGGGUUCCUGUCCUAGACGGCUGUUUUCUCUGCCAAGCUCUGAGACUCGACCUGGGCCCGCUUCUCGUCCGGUACGCGCUGGAUCCCGAGGUCUUGCUGGGAAACUACCUCUUGCUGCCCGACUCGCUGUCCCCCGAGUUACGUGUCCUGUGGUGGAAUCAAGUUGCCAUCGUCUUCUCACCCCAGACCUACGAGAUCAACCUCACACACCUGUUCAAGGCGUACGGGUUUGAGCGGAACGUGAUAACAUCCCUACUACAAGAAAGCGCGUAUAUGUCCAGAAGCUCCAUUCGCGGCGUCAUGCAGGGCACCUACGCUGCACUUCAAGAUGUCUACCGGUUGUGCAUUGUAAAGAGCCUCAAUGCGGAGCCUGUCCGCUCAAUUGCCGCGACCUGCGGCCUCGUCUUAUACGACGAAGGGGGGAAUGCCGAAGCUGACGAAGACGAAGGCGACGAAGACGGUGAUGACGUUGAAUACAACGAAGGCAACGAAGGCGACAGCGACGACGGCGACGACGACGACGACGACGAAAGCAAUCAUGACCAGCAUGAUGAGCAUGACGGUCAAAACGCAACUGCAACGGACCAAGGAACGGUAUUGCCCCGAAGCGCAAAUCAACCGACGUCGGCGCACCCGGCAGGCCAAGGCAACAGAAUGCCAACAGCACAGUUGCCGGACCAGUUGUCGGACUCGGCGAGUGCCUUUGACGGGUUGACGAUGCACGAGAUGGAAAGCCGCCACCUGCUGAACGUCCGCGAUGUCUUCGCGGCCGCCAGUACGCCGUCGCGCGUCCGUCAGCGGUAUUACCACCUGCUCAGGGCCCACGGAGUGUUGACAGAACGGGGCAGCCAGGCAUGGGUGCCGUUGAAAGACGGCUGCUUUGUAUACCAGGUUCUCGGGCGUGACCGCGAGCUGCGCCUGCUGCUGGAACAGGCCUCGAUGCGCCCGUCUGUCCUGCAGGGCAAUUAUUUGCGGCUGCGCCAUACGCUCCCGCCACAGUACAGCGUGCUGUGGUGGAGAGACGCCCCCAUUUUUUACAUGCCCGACGCACGAACCGUCAACGGGAGACAGCUGUUCAAGAUGUUUGGGAAGAAUGCAAACUGGCUGAAGAGCCGGUGUGGCGGGACCACCGUUCUCGGCGCGCGGUUCCAUGGCUACUACAUCGACGUGGUCGACGCCGACAAUCUGUGCAGAAUGAAUCGGUUCGACAUGGAACCGAUCCGAGCCAUCUCGGCCGAGCUCGGCAGAUGA